AUGUCAUUAUCCUAUGACUACAUCACUGCUUACCCGACUUUACUGGAGGCCGAUCCUGAUUAUCUUCAAUACGAGCUGAACCCCGACCUCAUUCAUAGGGAGCUAUGGUGGCCUCAUGCGAAUAGUGUCGGAUGGCUUCGUGCGGACAAUUUGUUUCCUGGCGCUCUCAUCUGUGUAUGUUCGCAUUGGAUGGAUGUUCUUCGACAAGUCUCCGUGUUCUGGACACGCCUCAUCAUCUUCGUUGAUGAUGACCCGACCCCCCUCUCAACCCUUCAAUUGCAUCUCUCCCUAUCUCGCACCCACCCACUGGAGAUUAACAUCCUCAGACAUUCCUUUUCCUGCGAUGACCCUCUCGAGCGCUCCCGGGUCACUGCGGUCAUGAGAACACUUCGUCCUCAUGUUUCCCGCUGCAAGGUCCUGCGAAUGGCGCUGAGGCACCAUACAUCACUGCCGCAUCCUUGCAUCGACAUCCAUGGUUUAGGUGAUCAGCUUGAAGUCCUCCAGCUCCAGGCAGGCGAUGAGGAUGAGGAUGAGAGAGUCGAGAAUUGGUAUGAACCAGAUCAGAUGCUCGGACCAUUCAGUACUGCCAAAUUGGAAAUCCUGAACACAGGGUCGAAUAUCUUUCAUGAUGUGUUUGUGGUUCCAAAGCAGCAGCUGGUUCUUCUGACCGAGCUGACCAUCAAUGGGGGUGGCGAAACCCAAUACCGCGAUCUCUCCGUGCGGAUGGUGGAACCGAACUUACCACCCCCGCCAGUAAAUAUACUCGACCACGUGUACUUCAUGGCGAUCAACGCAAAUGUAUUAUCCCAAUUCUUCAGGCUGCGGCACAACAUCAUAGGCUUCGAGACCCAAUUCAUCAGCUGCGAUGCUGCCCCACUCGACACCUCCAGCAUAUCCGACUUGACAAUUGGUUAUAUGACUGCCGAAAAGGACAUUCUGGACUAUCUACGGGAAUGGGACUCCUCUGAGUGUUGCAGACUCGUCAUUUAUGACUGUCCCAACCUCACUGCCAAUAUCCUCGACAACUUCUGUCAUCCACUGGAAGAUCACGACGGGGAAUGGCUGUGUCCGUACAUGUCGGACCUGGAGAUCGACUGUCCCCAUCUAUCCAGCCGUGACGUUCGACGCGUAGUCGAGGCUCGACACGAAGCUCAUGCAGUCACCGGUUUUGUUGCAGCCGACGACGCUCACUUCGUCGUUAUGUCCCUAGAGAGUUUGCGCGUAAUACAGGGAGCGGACAAGCUCUAUGAAGAUGACAAUGAAUGGUUCAAGAAGCAUGUCGAAGAUUUCGAAUGGACGAGUGAGAAACUUGAAUUCGGCGAGGACGUCUGA